AUGGCUACGUCAACUCUUCCAAUAAUUUCAUGCACCAACAACAACAUUUCCUUCUCCACCAAGUCUUCUCCCCCUAACUUUUCCAGGCCUUCCCAAAUCUUUCUCAAUCCUAGCAGGGCAGCUGCAAGACGUGGUGACGUCAAAAUCCGGUGCGCAGCCUCGUCGGAGGGGCGUGAAAACCCGGAAAGCCUCUCUUCGGCGAAACUUGACCGGAGAAACGUCCUUCUGGGCCUCGGCGGUCUCUACGGCGCUUACAACUUGGGCGGGGGCUCCAACCCCUUUGCCCUGGCCGACCCAGUGCCGAUCCCUGACGUUUCCGCCUGCCACCUUGCUACCAUUUCGUUCAGCCAGUGUAAAGUGCCAUACUCUUGUUGCCCUCCCAUCACGGAUACUACUAAUGUUGAGUACUAUAAGAUCCCCAGUUUUUCCAAGCUUAAUGUCAGGCCGGCCGCUCACGCCGUAGACGACGAGUACUUGAACAAGUACAAGACCGCCGGCAAUGACUCAACCGGCAUUCAGAAAAUGAAGGAUCUUCCCUCCACUGAUCCCCGAAACUUCUACAAUCAAGCUAAGGUCCACUGCGCUUACUGCAAUGACGCUUAUCAACUCGCUGACAAGCCCUAUCAGAUCCACUUCACCUGGCUCUUCUUCCCUUUCCACAGAUGGUAUUUGUACUUCUUCGAAAGGAUCAUGCAAAGUAUGAUAGACGACCCAACAUUCACGUUGCCGUACUGGAACUGGGACAAUCCACAGGGCAUGACUUUCCCGGAGAUCUUCGACGACGAGUCGUCGCCGCUGUACGACCAGUACCGCAACCAGGAGCACCUCAAGGGAAAAGUGAUUGAUCUAGCGUACUCCGGCGACGAAAUCGACGCCAGCGACUUCCAGAAGGUGAAAAACAAUCUUGCGGUUAUGUACCGGCAAAUGGUGACGAACGCGCCGUGCCCGUUGCUGUUCUUCGGCAACCCUAUUCGCGGAGAAACGGGGUUCACCGGUUCCGGCAUGGGGACCAUCGAGAACAUCCCACACAACUCUGUCCACCGAUGGACCGGUGACCCUAGAAACGCUAAUAAUGAGGACAUGGGUAACUUCUAUUCCGCUGCUAACGAUCCGGUGUUUUAUUGCCUCCAUUCCAAUGUAGACCGCAUGUGGACCCUUUGGAAGACCCUCGGCGGCAACCGUAAGGAUAUCGCCGACAAGGAUUGGCUCCAAACUGAGUUCCUCUUCUAUGACGAAACCAAUACUCCCGUCAAGGUCAAGGUUUCAGAUUGUGUGGACAACGAGAAGCUUGGGUACACUUUUCAGGAUAUGCCGACUCCGUGGAAGAAUUUCAAACCCACCAGGAAAAGAAGGGCGAAAUUGAGGAGCACGGCGUCAGUAUCCGCAUCCACCGAUGCCCUCCCGGCAAAAUUGAACAAGACUAUAACGUUUUACGUGACGAGAAGUGCGGCAGAGAAAGAGGGGGAGGUGGAGCUGCUGAAUCUUGACAUAGACUACUACGACACCGAGUUUAUACGGUUCGAUGUGUUCCUGAACGAGGACGAGGACGUGAAUACGGUGGAGCUGGACAGGAUCGAGUACGCCGGAAGUUUUUCCAACUUGCCACAUGUGCAUAAUAAUCAGGGUGGCUCCACUACUAAUACUUCUAAAUCCUUGAAGACCACUUUUAGCCUGGCGAUCUCGGAGCUGCUUCAGGACUUGGGGCUGGAAGGUGAGGACAAGGUUCUGGUCACUCUGGUGCCUAAAGUUGGGGGUCCUUGCGUCACCGUCAACACUGCCAAUAUCACAACUGAGGAUUGCUAA